AUGUUGACAGACAAUAACCCAUCAGGCAACCAAUCGUCAUCCGUGGGCAGCCGUCAUCAUUUUCAUCCUGUCAUUCUCUUUCAUGAUUAUGAACAAGAAAAGCACAAGUCCAUAUCAUAUGGCGACCCUUAUUAUCGACCCUUGAUCCAAAUCAAAAAGGAACAAAUGGAUAAAAUGCUCAAAGUCAAUAGCCAAUGGUGGCAAUACAUAACACAACCACCACAUCCUUUGCUCAAUAAUAAUAAUGACAACAGCCAUCAUGACAUGCAAGAUGCAAUGGUAGUUGACAACAACAGCAACAGCCAUAAUAAUAAUGGUGGUGGUGGAGGAUCUUCAUCAUCGCCACGCCUUUCAAGCUCUACAUCAACAGCGUCAUCAUCAUCCAGCCCUUCAAUACCUCCAUCGCCACCAUUUCAACACCGUCAGUCGUUAUCGCAACAACAAUCACAGCGUUCUGGUCAAGAUUGUUACUAUGAGAAGCAUCGGAAACGUCGCGGCAAUCUUCCAAAGACCGUCACUGCCAUCCUAAAACAAUGGCUCAUUGAUCAUUGCCAACACCCAUAUCCCACAGAAGAUGAAAAAAUGGCAUUGAGAAAUAGAACUGGACUCACUCUCAAUCAAAUCAGCAAUUGGUUCAUCAAUGCACGUCGGCGUAUUUUGCCCUUGAUCUUGGUCAGGCUCCAGCCACCCCCUUCUUCUUCCUCUACAGCAUCUACGUCUGCCUCCUCAUCAUCCUCAUCAUCAUCAUCAUCAUCAUCCGCUGCACAUCAUCACCAUCAUCAUCAUCACCCCUCCUCCUCCACCACCACCACCACCUCUUUCACAUCAUCUCCGAUUAACAACACCACUGGUACUGGCACCAUGCUCUCCUCCUCUUCUUGUUCAAGACGCCCCAACAAACGACGACGACCUCAUGAUUGGCAUCACCAACAUCAACAACAAGGCCGUGUGUAG